ACAGCUAAUAAGUCUAUGCCAGCGAUCUAUCGCUUCACGCAGCAUCCAGUUCCGAGUGGUUAUAAGAAGAAGAAAGAAGCUCGCAAGAAAACACAUAACAAAGCAGCAACAAUGAGUAAGAACGCAGCGACAAACACACGAUCACGGCCCGUUUUUAUCGAUGAGGAUCAGGUGAAACAGUUGCUGGAUUGGAAUGAGGCCCGAUACGCCCUCGAGCAGGCGUUUGUGUCCGUUUCGAAUCAGGCGCGGGAGUCGGUGGCUCGUUUCGCUGAUCAGCCGGUCAGUUCGCAGCCAGCGCGAACAUUCGUCCAGGCCGAGGGAGGAGUACUGCUCUGCAUGCCCGGGUUCGUCGGACAGCACCGAGUGAGUUCCGGUUCUUCGGAGAGAGUUUCUACCCUUGCUUGUAAGCUGAUCACCGGCUUCCGGAAGAACGCCUCACUGGGACUGCCCUCGAUCAAUGGGGAAGUGUUUGUGUUCAACAGCACGACCGGCAAGCUGGAAGCGAUCAUUGAAGCUAACCAUCUAACCGGUAUAAGAACGGCCACUGCUUCCCUAGUGGCGACCGACCAUCUCUUUCUGCGGCCUGCCCGUGCCCAUGCCCCGGACGGCACGGUUACCAUCCAGCUCGGAAUUGUUGGCUGUGGUUUCCAGGGUAUGAUGCAUGCGGUCGGGUUCGUCCGCACGCAAUCCGUGGCGCGGGUGCACACGAUACGGCUGUGGAACCGUACGCCAGGGCGUGCAAUCAAGCUGAAGGAAGUCCUUCUCGAGGAGGCAAAGGCUACCGACAGCAAUUAUUCCGUGUUUGUUUGCGAUACGGUGGAGGAUUGCUGCCGGGACUGUGAUGUGAUUGUAACGGCCACAGGAUCGAGCGAACCGCUCGUUUACCGGAGCUUCCUGAAGCCGAACGUUCAUAUCAACGCUGUCGGAGCAGGUGAAUACCAUCAUACCGAGCUGGCACAGGACGUCUAUGACGAGUGUCAGGUGUACAUUGACCAUCAGGAAGGUGCCCGAAAGGAGCUGGCAACCCUUCGCUCCAACAUCGUCGGUGAGGUUGGUGAGGUGAUCCUGCGGGAAAAUCGUGCCGAGGAGAUGAGUCUGCUGCCGAAAUCGGGCGGAAUCAGUGUGUUCCAGUCGCUCGGCAUGGCUACGGAAGAUGUGACCGUGGGAAGGUUGGUCUACGAAAAGUAUCUAAAGGCUCACGGUGAUUCGCAUCGCGAUUGAAGUCAAGCACGGCAAGGUAAGCAAGCUUCCGAUUACAAAAUAUGUUUAUUUAAUACUUCUUGUUCCAAGCUUUCCUCUCGCGGUAAAGGUUUAUCUAAAAAUAUUGUACUUGAUUAUACUUUUGUUCGGUUCGGCAGAUGUGAGGUUUAACAGAGGGAUGCUAGCGCAUUCACACUCUAAAUUAGAUAAAUAUAUUUCAUUUAAAUGCUAUUGAAGAUUCAUGGAAAUUGUAGAGAAAUUGCCUAUAAAAAUAAAGCACCGCCUGUGUCUGGUAGCAGAGCAGCACACACGUCGUUUGCUUAUUUUACAGUAAA